UUACAUUCCCCUCCCCCUUUCUUGAUUGUCUUAGGGUAUUUUCGGUAUCUCUUACAUGUACUUAGGACUUUCCUAUUCCUGUAUACAGUCGAAACUCAUUAGCUUGAUAUCGCUUGGCUCCAUUUCCUCUUUGGUUCCAACUUGAUGUAAAGGACCGAUUAUUUUUUGUUAUCUAUGUAAGCAUUCCCGCUUGGCUCGAUAUUUGCAAGGCUGGAAGUAUAUUGGUCAGUCCAUGGGAUAUCGAGCCAGCGGGUUUCGACUGUAUAGAAGAAAGUGAGACAAAUCUUGCCCAUUCAUGUAAGGAUCACAUUCAGGUAUUAUUAUUAAAAAUAAUUGUAAUAUAGAAAUUAGAUUCAUAUAAAACCUCAUUAAAUUUUAUAGCUGAUAUAUGUCUAGAGACAAGCUUUCCUCAAUUCCUUUCAUUCCAACCUUCAAUAAGUAAGAAGAAUUUUGUUGUUCCUGCGAUCUUUAUGAUUUUGUUUGAAGAGAAUAUUUCAAGGAAAUUACAGAAAUAAAUACUGGGUGUGUUUAGAAAUGAAUUUAAUUGUUUAUUUCUUUGAAAAUAUUACAACACAACUGUUUAUCUAUUUUAUGAAAGAAGUGCCAAAGCACUCAAAAAGUAAGUUCUUAGAGUAAAUUAAACCAUAUUUCUUCCCAAAAAUGUUAUGUACUGGUCUGGAUUUUAUUUGCAUGAACUAGAACUGAAGCAUGGUAGAAUGUUUUAGAAAAAAUGGUAAAAAUUCUCUGAAAUGUCCCAGCCUUUCUCCCUAUUGCAAACUUUGCUGGGAACUGUUGCCAAGAAGAAAAUAUUUUAAAGGUAGUCAAGUCUUUUUUUAAAGGUCAAAACUUUUAACUGGUGUGUAUUGUCUUGAAGUCUUGUGACUAAUAAUGGAAAGUGUAAAUUAAAGCAUACUUAAUCAAUGUUUUGUUAAAUUCUAAACAUUGAAGCAUAAAAAUACUUCUGCUUCCCAGCAAAGUUUGUUCCCUGCUCGACACUCAUCUGUCCGUCUGUCUGUGUUCUGUCUGCAUUACCAUGACAACAUUUUCAGUGUUUGAACUUGAAUGCUUUUCUGUCAUACAAUUUUCAAACAAACAUUUUGAAGUCAAAUAUCUUGUUAUGAUGCAUUUAGAAAUUAAACAUAUUUUGACGUUAUCCAUUGCUUGACUUAAAUGUGCUGAAUGAAACUGACAGGUCACUUGAAAUAUUAUGUUGAAUGAUAAAGAUGUUUAAAAUUGCAGAUUUUAAACAUUGAAGUGACUAUCAGUUAAUUUUCAAACUAACGGCAACCAAUUUUAACUAAUUUUGUGUUUUCCUUUUUUGCAGUCUGCAUGGGAAUUCCUGUAGGUUGAUAUUUUCAUUUCAUUUUUGCAUCCCUUACACAACCUUCACUGGGCAGAACAAUCUCCAGUAUGACAAAUACUGGCUUGUGAAUGUUGAAACAAUGUCUUAAUCAAGAAAAGGGAGAUAAAAACAGUUUCAACUGUUGAUAAAGUCGUGAAUAGUUGAAAUUCAUUGAUAAAGGCUACAUGUAUGAACUGUGUGUGAACACUGUAUUAUUUCAUAUGACAUUAUGUAAUACAUUCAACAUUGUUGCACAGGAAUGAAAAUAAAAUUGAAUAUUCGAAAUGGCUUGCAACACUUGGUGAUCCCAGGGUGCAGAGCAGACGUUAAUUCUAUUGCAAUAUUAAUGAACUUUUGUCACAAUAUGAAAUUUUAGAACUUUCCCACACCAUAAACCACCAGCACUUACAUUUUGAAGAAACUCAAAAAAGCAGACCAUUGGAGACAGACUUAAUUACAAAAUACCUGCAUCAAGUGAAUUGUUUUGAUAACAGAAUUGAGAUAAUUGAAGAGCAUUAUGUCACAGGCUGAUUAUACAUGCCUCAGAAAUGAGCCAGAAGAUGUGCAGGGAACCAAAGCCAUGUCAGAUCCCAUGCUGUCUGGUACCCAACAGUGGGUAAAUGUCAGCAGCCAGGAGGUAGCUCCAGUUAAACCAUCUGAUGGAGCAGUUCAUAGUCAGGCACAUCUAGAGUUUGAGUUUUUUGACAAAGAGGAGCAAAAAAGGAGAGAGGAAUAUAGGAAUCGUGUGGAAAAACAUUACUGUCGUCUGAUUGAGGAAGAGCGACUGUCACCUGAAUCGGCAAGUUUUCUCAGUGAUGCUUUUGCCGAGGCUGAGGUACGCGCUAAGUUUGGAACUGUUCAUGAAAGGUCGGAGGCGACUCCAAUGUAUCACACUGGCAUUGAUAAAACAGUCUGGAGGGAAAUAGACCAUCAGCGGUCAAAAUCACUUGAACGAUUGAAAUCUCAGCAGAAGGAUAUGGUGACUGAUAACAAUGCUGAUAAUUGUGAUAAAAGCUCAAUGAUAGUGUCAUUAAAUAUGGAUAGUCCAGGGGAAUUUAGUGAUUUUAAUAAAGAUUUUAAUUCAUUUAAAGUUGAUGAAAGUGGUAGUCAAUUGAUGGAUAGUGGAUUAUUAGACAGUGGUCAGUUUGGAUUGGCUGGAGACAGUAUGGAGACUUAUAGACUUACAAGUAGUGAAAAUGGUAUACAUGAUGAUGUUCACAGUGGAAUGGAAAGUAUGUACGAGAAUGAAAAGGAAGUUAACAUGUAUGCAGAUGAGGAUUCUUUUCAUGGUAAUGAGCAUGACCAAACCAAUGUGACAAGUCUGAGUGAUGAAAGGGGACUGUUUGAUGAUGACACAGGUGACCUGAACGAUGUGGAGCUUGUAGUUGAUGAAAGCAGUGAGACUCUUAACAUGGAGUCUGAGGAGGAACAAUCAGACAGCGAAUACAGCGAGUUUGACCUGGCUCAAAGCAAUCAGCGUGAGUGGGUCAACUCUAGGGGAGCUCGAGCUGUUGGGAAGAGUAUGGAGACCUGGCUAGACUCUCCCCAGGGUGGGGUAAUUAAUGGGGCUGGGCAGGAUAGGUACUACCGGGAUAAAAUGGAUGAGUACAAGAGAAAGUUGGCUGUUAGAGAGAGGGGUAAGAUAACCCAGAUGUUGAAACAGAGCUCAUCUAUCCCCAGUGCCUCUCCCACACCUGUUGAUUAUGAUGCUGAUGUGGAGGUCAGCACCAGGGAUGUGUCUCGAGACAACACUGACCCUUCCCUAGACCAGUGGUCAGACAGCCAAGAAGAGUUUAAUGAUAGAAAUGGACAGCAGAGCAGUGAAAAUAACUUACCCAAACAGUCCUAUGACUUUAAUCGUAAGUUCAUGUCAAGUAGAAGUUCACUUAGCAGUGAGAAGAACAGAGUGGAUCCAUUGACCUACCAGUCUUACACAGCUGGCUUACUCCACUCCAGUGGCAAGUCUGAGAAAUUCCUUAAGUUACAGAAACACUUUGCUGUGCUUGAGAGGAUUACAGCCAUAGAAGACCAGACGAGACUCUCUGCUGGACUAUACUCCAGUGCAGCUGACCAGAACCUCCCUAGUGAACUGUAUGCAAAAUAUGAUGUACAGAGUAUGGAAGAACUGCAGUGGCUGUAUCAAGAACUUGGUGAGGCAAGAAAGAAUGAGGAAUUUUUCUAUGAUUUGCAGAAACUGGCAGUCUACCAUUGGACACCAACCAGAGAUUAUGGGCUUAAGAAGAGGGGCAAAUCAUUGAAUGAUUUAAAGAAAGUUUAUGAACAGUUAGAUGAUGAUGCAAAUAAUACUGAACAAAAUUCAUUCUUUCAAUCAGCCUUAAAGGCAGAAAAAGAGCGACCUGCUAGGUCUAUUCCAGCAACUUCCCCAAGACGCAAAGAUGCACAAGGUGGUCAUAUUGCGCAAAUGGCUAAAACUCCUCCGAAAGUCAUUCAGAGGCCGCUGUAUGGAACACAUAUCCCAGAAAAGUUGGAUGAGUUUGAAAUCAAAGUUGAAGCAAGAAAGCAAAAGACCAAAGUAGAUGAUACCCACUUUCCCAUGGAUAAUCUACAUGUCAGGUCAAUAUCAUCUCCAUACUCAAAACACCUACAGGAGGCUGAUGGUAAUACCAUUCUGAAAAGGUCCGACUCCUCAAAAGGCUCUCUGUUUGCCAAGCGUGGGAGCGAUGACAGGCUGGAACAGAAGAUGAAGCCAACAGGUGAGGUCACUCCUGUUCCUAGACAAUCGACCACAAAACACCAGCCACACUACCCUAAGAUCCUGUCGGGGCCCCAUGAUUUUGCCAGUCGAGCGAGCAAUAACUCUGAGGCUGUAGCAAGGCCCAUGCAGUCCAAUCUGCAGAUCUAUAACUCCCUGGAGAAUCCUCAGUACCAGGCUACAGUCACGUUUGAUGAGGGAAUACCUGCCAGAAAACUGUCUAGAGGUCGAUCUAAUGACAGCUUCAUUAUACAAAGAGAUUCUGAUGGCAACUAUAUUGUGUCUACUGCAGAGAGGAAUCAAAAUAGGUCACCUCAGGGUGAGAGAAGUCCAAGACUGUCAGAAACUGAUAAGCCAAGUUUAGCGGCCAGCCAGAGCCUUUCUCCUUUGUCUCUUUCUCCAAGGACAUCUCGAGGUGAAGGUGAAAAUCCUCUGAUUACAAGCACCCCUAGAGUGUCCAGAACUGAACCACCAAGAGAUUAUCAGUCACCUAGUAUGGGAUCACCUAGAGGUAGUGGGUCACCUAGAGUACCAAUGACAGAAAGAUCUAACUUGAGUAAGAUACCAUUGAAAAGUGAAUCCUGUACAACUAAAACAGCUCAAAAAUUACCACCUUGUAAUGAACAAAGAUUUUCUUAUCCCAGUAAAGACAAACGGACAGAAGAUGACACACCAGCUCCACCACUGCCGGCAAGAAACAGAAGGAUUGACCGAAGCCAUGUUUCCAGUGUCAAAGCAGUAGUGAAAACAUUUGAGAACUCUGACAGUAGCAAUGAUAACUACACAGAAGCACACCAUCAGUUAAAACAAGAACAAUUUAGAAGUAGCAGUGUGCCAAGAAGUCAUACAGUGCCAGACUUGUUAGAUCAUCAAACCCCAGUGGCCGGAACCUCCCUUACUUCACAUGACAGACAGAAGAGUAACAGUGAUGACUUACUUGCAAGUUCCGUUCAAACAGACUUUGGUAAAAAUCAUGCGGACAUGUUGGCAUACGAACAAAACCCUGGAAUGUAUGCAGCAAAGCCUUUACAAGCAAAUCAAAUUCCUAACUUCAAAGUAAGAGACUUGAGAUAUCUUGCUUAUAAUAAUGAGCUUUGUAAUAGCAAAUUCUAUCCAAAGAAAUCUCCAGCCAGUAGUUUGGAAAAUGUGAGGAUGACAUUUGAAGAACCUCGGCUUUAUAGCCCUGUUAGAGGAAAAGUUUUUCAAUCCAUAAAUCAGGAGCAUAAAACUGCAGUUCCCACUGACUGUGAGAGCUACGUGGAUAAACGCAGACACAGCACAAGCAGUACAGACACAUUUAUUGUAAAGGAGAGUGAAGAUGAAGGUGAGUUCCCUCCCCUGAAUGUUACCUAUACCAAGGGGCAGUUUGUAGGCAGCUUGAAAUCCUCCAAAUCUGUCCCUAACCUCUCUGACCCCACCCCUUCCAAACAGCACAAGGUAGCAGCUAGAUCUACUGCAAACCCCAAGCCUUCUCGGCUCUCAGAUUCUCUUCAUGUGUCUGGGAGGCAUUGCAUUCCCAAAACAGUCUGUGAAGACCAAAAUGAUGUGCCAAAUACUCCAUGGUGCAAACCAUCGGCCAGUAUUUGUCCUCCACCACGAUCUGAUAGCAAGCGUCUUUCUUACCUAGCAGGGUAUAAUAGAAAGUAUACCAGUGUAUUAGCUGACAAUGGCUCACACCUUCCUUCUGAAGAAAUCGUGAAGGAUGUAAUGCAAGCCAGUGAGUUAUACAAAAGGACAGAGCCAAAAGAGAAACCAAGGACUCCAACCAUUGUAAACAAGAUGACUUUGGAGUACCUGCAGGAAAUUGGCCAGGAGUGGUUAGUCUGCAAGACAAGGCAAACCAAUAAAAGCAAUAAAAUGACCAAAGAUCCUCCAGUCCUGCCAAGGGUGGAACCUUUUGUUGGCUCAGAUCUGGCUACCACACCUAACAGAUGGGAGCCUGUGCUAGUAAAUAGACCAGCCAAUGUCCCAUCACCACAGGCACACAAACAUGGCAAAUAUGAAGCUCAUGAACCAUUUACCAUUGCACCUCCAGAUGUUACAAAGGAGGCCAUUUCACUCUCAGCUACAGCAAUCAGCAUACCCCCAGUGCCUCCAAGGAGAACUGUGAUGAAGGCUGACAUAUCUGAGUAUGAAAAAUACCUGACUUUGCCUAGACGACCGAAAGCAAUAAAAGGUCAAACAUAUAACACAAUUCCCAGAAUGAGGCCCGACAACCAUACAAACAAGGCAAGAGAAGCACAGAAUCUUCCUGCAAGUCUGGACACUGGUGCUGCGUUCCAUCACCUGACAACAGAGGAGAUACGCAGUCAGCAGCCGCGCUGGUCAGGGGAUCGCGACCAACGGAGACGGGAGGAGGAGGAGUCGUACAGGAAACGUAGACUGGAGCAGAUAUAUGAUGAAGAGAGGAGAAAAAAGCUCAUCCAGCAACAGGCAGACAACGAAUCUCGCAAACACUCGGACUUCCUACUAUCUGACCAGCAAGUACCGUCCCAGAAGUCCCCGAUCCCUAAUGACAGGUUUGAAGAGCCGAUCGGUCGCUAUGGGGCAGUGCCCGAAGACCGUAGAAGGGGCUUUCAGAUCCAGGGCAAGGCCCGUGGGCUCUACAAUUUUACAGCACAGAAUAACAGAGAACUUCCUUUCCGGAAGGGCGAUACUAUUUACCUGAUACGCCAAAUAGAUGCCAACUGGUUUGAGGGGGAAAAAGGAGGCCGUGUUGGCAUCUUCCCUGUUAACUACGUUGAAAUAUUGACGUCCAUCGAGGAGGCCCAGAAUGCUGCGCAACAGUCGGAGGGCCUCGCGCGAGCCAAAUACAGCUUCACCUCACAGACUAGCGUGGAGCUCUCACUGAGAAAGGGUGAGACAGUCACGCUGCUACGUAAGGUGGAUGACAACUGGUUCGAGGGACGUCAUGGUGCCCAGCAGGGCAUCUUUCCCGUGGCAUACGUAGAGGUGGUGCGGGAACCAUCCACGCCCCUUGUCACCCCUGCACCCUCUGUCAUUUGCACACCCAUGACAGGCAGAGGUACGCCAGAGAUGCUCUCCCCCAUGAGCUAUGACGGGGCCCCUACACCCCCACCCAUGCCUUCCCCCGGUGCCUUCAAGUCCUCCACCCUCGACCGAUACAAUGGUAGCAGAUAUGGGAGCCAGCAGGUGUCCUCCCCCCGCCAGGAGACCCAGUAUGGCCGGGACCAGUUUGACAGUUCCCCUGCCAACAGACAGUACAGCCAGUCACCUGCCGGGCGCCAGAUGAAUGGAGGCUACUCCACCAUGCCCAACAGCAGUCGUCGUGAAAACGUGGUUGCUAGGAGCUCUCAAAGUCCACAGAUAAUCCGUAGAGACAAUCCACCUACAGUAAACAUUACUGCAAAAUCAGUGUCCUCUCCGAACAUUCAUGUGAAUUCUCACGAUCAUAAUAGGAAUAUAAAGCAGCCUGAAGAAGACUUAGCUUUAGCAAGGUACCGAGCGGUGUACGCUUACAAGCCCCAGAACGAGGAUGAGCUUGAGUUGUUGGAGAAUGACGAGGUGUAUGUGAUGGAAAAGUGUGACGACGGCUGGUACGUGGGAACUUCCGGACGCACGGGCAUGUUUGGAACCUUCCCUGGAAACUAUGUCACCCGCAUACAAUAACACAUCCUUCAUACAACCCUAGGUAUUGAAUGCAUAAAUAACCAGUAGUGCCAAGAUUGCCGGAUGUUGAGAACGACUUCUGCUGUAUAUAACAUGUAAAUACGCCCUGUAAAUAGACAAGUGAACCAACAACAAAAUGAAUUGCAAACACAGUUAAACAAAGAAAAACAGAUGACAAAUAUGAUUGCAAACUUGCAUAAUCUGUUGCUAUGUGUGGUGAGGAAUAUGUAAGUAGUUAGUUUGAACAAGGGAAGUAACUGUGAAUAGAAUGUGGAAGUGCUUAGGAUGAGGAGUUGACAAGGGAAGCUACUGUGUAUGGAAUGUGAAAAUGCUAGGAAUGAGGAAUCAACAAGGGAAGUUACUGUGCAUAGAAUGUGAAAAUGCUUGGAAUGAGAAGUUGCUUUCUAGAACAUCUGAACGCUGCAUUAGGGAAAGAGAUCUUCUAGUCUGCUCAUGGUUACAUCGCUCAUAAAUCAUGAAGGACGAAACAGAAACAUUAGUAUAGAUUGAUGGUUGUUAAAUUCAGAAUAUUUUGCCAGUUUCAUUGUGUAAAAGCUGAAUGUUUCCUGUGACAUCCUUAGGCAACUUAACGCUUGAGUGUUAGGAAAGUUGGUUUCUUUAUUAAAGUUAUCAUGUCAUUUUGAUAUUGUUUUAUAAUAAAAGCUAUUAAUUUUUAAAUUCGGUGUAAAUGUGGGGUUAUUGUCACUUCCCCUUUCAGUUGACUGUAGUUAACAUUUUUACCUCCUAUUUAUUUAAAAACAAUUUUUAAUGCACUGUUAUCUGGUUAAUGAUACAAAAAAAUAUAAAUAUUUUUGGACAUAUUGAAACAGCCAUACUAAUGUUAAACAUGAAACUGCUUCUUACAUCUAAUAUUUUCACAGGUUCACUGUUCUAGCAUUUGGUGAACAUUCACCAUUUAUGUAGAUAGUUAUAGGUCUGUACACACUAGUUGCAUUUAUUUAUUAUAAAGCAUGCUUUAUUUGUACAUGUAUUCUUUCACAUCAAGCUUUAAACAUGCAAAAUUGACCGAAAUUACAUUUUCCAAUUCAGAGUGAAAUUUGAGCAUUUAAGUAAUCUAAUCUUCUUAAACAUGUUUUAUCCAUUCAUUUUGGUAUUGCGCUGGUUCAGGUGCAUCCAAAUUUUUACAUACUGUUAUGGGAAUAAACAUGACAAAAUUACCUUAAUAUUAAAGUUGCAUACAUCGGCAUGUUCAUUUUGUUCACUCCUUCACUUAAAUGUCAUACACUGUUAAAAUCAAGGGCUUAUUUAUUGAUGCUUCAAUGUACAUUUUUAGUCGGAUGAUGUUCAGUAAUGUGAAUGAAUUAAGUGUUGUGAAAGGUUAGAAAUUGUUGUUAAUUUUUUGUUGAUUUUUAUGUAGAAUUAUCUAGCAUUUAUGAAAUGUUUAUCUAGUCACAAUAUCCCCAUAGUGACGGAUCAUUCAAGUGGUUAGUGUUUUCUUUUUUUAUUUCUUUGUUUUGUUUUUAUUAGAAAUCUACCGAUGCAUUUCGUAGUGUAAAAACGUUAUCAAAUAUUUCUCGGUGACAUUAUUUAUGCUUUUUUGUCACACCUAGACACAAAGGUAAACAUGUGAUGACGCUGGUCAUAUCAAUAUUUAUUUCAUACAUCAUUUGAUCACAAGAACCCCUGUUGAAUACUCAUUCUUAAGACAAGAUAAUGUUCAUACUUACAUGAACGAUGUACAUGUAUGUCCUUCGCUCGAACAAUGUACAUGUAUGUCCUUCACUCUUAUAACAAUGUACAUUCUAUCAUUUUAUGGAUGGCAUGAUUGCCAGUGGUCUUACUUGUUAACGAACAAAAUUGUUCCACUUUUCUUUGGUUUCUUUAUUAACCAUCUUUAUUGCUUUUUAUUCAUUCAUGGAAAAUUUAAACAUUGUAACUAUCCCUGAUAAUCAAGAAUGAAGACUUCAUUGAACAGUAAGAAAUGCUGUGGCAGUUUUUGGAAAUGGUUUAAUGAAUUUUUUAUGUUUUACAAUAUCUGUUUAAUAUGAUUGAACGAUCAUGUAGUCUAUACCUAUGAAUUGCAGAUCAAUCUGUUAGCAUCAUAGAUAUCAUCGAGACAAAAUUAAAAUAACAUAUAUAUAACUGAAUGGAAUAUUCAUAAUUUGGAAUGUGCAAAUAUGCUAUUGUCUUUAAACACUUUAUCAAUUAUAUCCGAGUUAAAACAAGAACAAUAAAUUGUGGUUAGUGACCUUUGUUACAUUUAUUAUUGAUUAAUAGUGAUGUACUCAGUACAUGUAGAUAACUGUUACAAGUAUUUUUACAUUUUUAGUAGAUUUUUCUUUUCUAUUUACAUGAAAUGUCUGUGUACAUGCUAUUAGCUAUAUUUAUUUAUAAGUAAAGUGUUUUAUACUGAGCUUAAUACAAUGUACAUGUGUAUGCCAAUCAUGAAGUGUAAUGCAUGCCUUAUAAGUGUUAUCUAUUACUCACAAUUUUAAUAAUCUAUUUUUAUAUGAAGAAAAAUAUACUUAAACUAAUAAAACAUGUAGAAUAUUGUUCAAUGUAUAAAGAAUCAUUCUGUUUAUUAUUAUUUUUUCGAAUAUUAUGAAGUCUCACUGUCGAAAGAUUUUUCAUUUCAACCUUUCACACUAUUUGUUUUUCGAUCUUUCAUUCUAUUUAAAUUUGAAAGCCUCCUUUUCAGUUAGUAAAGCCAAAAUCUGUUGUUAUUAGUGCUGUUUUGUUAUGGAAGGUGAUUAGUUUUCGUUUCUAUACUGGUGACCUAUGUUGUUGCCAUGACAGCUAUGGACUGAACAUGUGCGUGUAGUUUCUCUGUCAGUACAUUAACAUGUUUGGUGCAUGACAAAUAUACAGUUGCCUUUAA